AUGCAUGAGAAGUAUGUGGUUGACAUAAGUGCAGGUAAGGCAAGUAGGGCUAGAGAGAGAGCUCAAGAUGCUGUUGAUGGGACCCACACUGCACAGUUCAACCAACUAUGGGAGUACUGUGAUGAGUUGAGAAGGUGCAGUCCUGGGAGCACAAUAUUGAUGAAGGUGCAUACUUAUGAGGAUGGUGAUUUGGCAACUGAGCAUGGAUUGGCAAUCGGGCUGCCAUAUUUUGAAAGAAUGUACAUCUACCUUGAAGGUUGCAAGAAGGGCUUCUUGGCAGGGUGCAGGCCAAUCAUUGGUCUAGAUGCAUGCCAUCUGAAGACCAAGACAGGUGGUCAGCUGAUGUGUGCUGUUGGCAGAGAUCCCAAUGAUGAAUACUUCCCAUUCGCAUAUGCAGUAGUAGAGGCUGAAACAAAGGACAGUUGGACCUGGUUUCUUAAUUUAUUGCUUGCUGACAUAGGAGAUGACAAGCAAUGGGUGUUCAUAUCCGACCAGCAGAAGGGGUUGGUGAACACCUUUGUUGACAAUUGGCCACAGUACGAGCACAGGAUCUGCUACAGACAUUUAUACCAAAAUUUGAGGAAAAAUCAUCCUGGUGUCAUUAUUAGAGACCUUUUUUGGAAAGCAGCCAAGGCUACCUAUUGGCAAGCAUUUGAGAGGGCAAUGAAUGAGCUAAAGGAGGUGGAUGAAGAUGCAUUCAAAUGGCUGCAAUCUCAGUCAACAACUAUCUGGGCUAGGCACAUGUUCAAAAGUGAUGGGCAGAGUGACACGGUCUUGAACAACAUGUGUGAAAGCUUCAACAGCACGAUAGUUAAGUUCAGGAGCAAACCUAUAAUCACCAUGCUUGAGUGUAUUAGGCUAUAUCUGAUGACUAGAUUUCAAGCAAACAGAGAAAUGAUUAUGAAUGUGGAAUCUGAGUUGGGUCCUAAGAUAAGGAAGAGGCUGUACAAGGAGAAGUUGGCAUGCAGCAAGUGGAUAGCAUGUUGGGCUGGUCGUAUGAAGUUUGAAGUGAAGAAUGGGCUUGAGAGUUUCAUUGUGGACUUGGAAGAGAAGAAAUGCAGCUGUAGGAAGUGGGACAUAGUUGGCAUACCAUGUUGCCAUGUCAUUUCUUGCAUAUUUUUCAACAGAGAAGAUGCUGAAAAGUAUGUCAAUGCUUGCUACAAAAGGACUACCUACAUUGAUUGCUAUGAACCCAUUAUAGAGCCCAUCAAUGGCCAGAAUAUGUGGGGUCCUAGUGGACUGCCAUCUGUGCAACCCCCUAUCAAGAGGAGACCUCCUGGCAAGCCUAAGAAGAAGAGGGCACUGGAGCCUGAUGAACCUAGAAGUCACAGAAAAAAAAAAAAGAGGCCUAGGCAUCUCAAAACAAUGCAAGUUAUGUGGGAAAUUAGGACACAACAAGAGGAGCUGCAAGGGAGAAGUAGGAGGGAACUCCUCCUUGCCUGGGAGUGCAUCCCAAGCCAGUAGGACCACUAGAAGGGCAGCCAAGGAUGCUCAGCCAACAGUACACAGGGCACAACCAAGCUCUAAUGAUGAUGUAACCACAAGUGCACCUCCAACCCCCAUUGAUAACCAGUCCAAUAUAAGACCAAAAAAACAGAGGAAGAGAAGUGCAGUCACUACUGAAACCUUGAAUGCAACUGGGAAUGCAGCAAGAUAUAUGGCAGCAAUGAGAUCUGCUAAAAGAUAGCAAACUGAAGCAGGACCUUUUUUUUGUUGUGCUAUAUGUUGAAGCACUCUUCAUAUAUUUAUGUAACUGCUAGAACAAUUGGCAUAUGUUUAUGGGCUGACCAAAUCCUUUUUUGUAUGCAUGUGCU